AUGCUUAUAAGGAAAGCACAUUAAAGAAACCUACUUCCCAAUUGUGGGUAGAAGCAUUAAGGGUAUAGCCGUCAUUACACCUUCUGAUCCUAGGCGUUCCCUGUCGUCCACCUCCUCACUUGAUAAAAACCGGAAGGAAUUAACCCAAAAAUUCAAAACAGAGCUCUUAAGAAGAUUCUCUUUCAUUCUUUCUCUCAGGACUUUCUUCAAACACCUUCCGUUCUCACUGAUGCUCAAAGCUUAAGCUGAAGUGAUUGGUGAUUUUGGUUUGGAUCCGGUGAUCAUGGCGUUCCUCGUGAACCGUCCCGCCGAUUUCUCUGCUUCGACCUUCACCCCAUCUCUAAUGGCAGCCGUUUCGAAACAGAGUCUGCUCAAUAGGGAGCCGCAGAAACAGAGGGCCUGCGUCCAUUGUUGCACCACCAGAACCCCUCUCUGGAGAGCCGGUCCGGCGGGGCCAAGGUCGCUGUGCAAUGCAUGUGGGAUUCGAUACAGGAAGAUGAAGAAUAAUAACGACAACAAUAAUAAUAACAAUAAUAAGAUCGGAAAAGGGAAGAAAGUGGGAGGAGGAUCAUUGAAGAUGAGAGUGGUGAAGUUAGCGAGAAAGAUAGUUGCAGAGCCAAUCGGAGAAGAAGAACAGGCGGCCGCGAUGCUUCUUAUGGCUCUAUCUUCCGCCUAUGUCUGAAACAUAUGAAUUUUGUAAAGAGUGGACUCUACGUUACCAGUCUCUCUUUAUUUUGUAUGGAAAGAGAGAUUUCGA